CCUCAGUCCCCGCCCAGCCCAGCACCCCGGGCAGGCGGCCCACAGCCAACAGGACUUUGGCACCUGGGAGCCGGCGCAGCCGAGCAGGAGGCCCCGAGCCGUUCCCCCUGGGCCGGCCCUCAGCCUGUGCCAGGAUGCAGGAAGGCGCCCACCUCCGCGGGGGGAGGAAGAGCCCGGAUGGCCCCCAGCAGCCCCCGGAGCCCCCCGGCCGGCGCUUCGUCCUCCGCGUGACCUACGUGCUGGCGGCCACCGAGCUCACCUGCCUCUUCAUGCAGUUCUCCAUCAUGCCCUAUCUGGUAAAGAACCUGGGCCUGGACUCGGCGGGCUUCAGCUACCUCCAGACGGUCUUCGGGGUUCUCCAGCUGCUGGGGGGCCCCAUCUUUGGCAG